AUGGGGACGUCCUUGGAUGCCCUCCAUGCUCCUUCCAGCUUGACACAGCGCCGACAAGCAGCCUCCAAUUUACCAGUAUUUGAACUCCCACCUCCAAACCUUCAGUUCAAUCAGGUGUCGAGUCAGAGGAUCCCGCCCCUGGUGGGAAUAAAUACAUCCCAUCCUCCCUCGUCGAGUCUUGGUCAGCUCUUGACUCCACCGUCCAACUCUGCUUCAGAGGGCGGUUCCUCGUCGGGGCUACCGACGGGAACAACACCCAACGGUGCUGCUGUCCCCGUUCUGCCCUAUACUCCAACAUUUUUCAAUACUGGAACAACGCCCACUGGCUAUCAUACCGGCUACACUCCCCAGCCAUGGCAACAUGGAAAUUUCCCUCCGAGAUCCAUGUUUUCGCCCAUGCCUGGUCCUUUGAUGAGAAACAACACAAAUUCGCCCACUGCAAACGAAGGUUCCGCUCUGCCACCUCCCCCGUAUGAUAUUCAUUCGGGACACGGCUAUCAUGCACCGCCUCUGGGACUGACGUCUCCCGUCAGUGCCACAACUGCACAUCCAGGACCCCCCAACCUCAUCUCCUCGAUUCUCCCCAACGGUGUUCGUCCACAAAGCCAGCAUUCUCCCGUAACGCCUGGAGACGGCACCUCCAAAGCACAAAGCCACCCCUCGCUUUUCGCAAGUCUAUCCAGCUCCGCGCAGCAUCCAUCACUAUAUUCUUAUUCUGGCCCGGCUCCGGUUUCCCAAAGUCCCCAUCCGCAUUCUCUAUCUGCACCUCGAAUUUCUCCUGUUCUUCACCACGGAGCAGUCCCGCAUUCGCACCAUCAGGCACCUUUCAUGCGGCCACCUCCACCAUCAUAUUCGUUGCCGGCCAUGCCUGGACCGAUCAUGUCCAACGUCCACAGUCCAGGGGCACAGAUGGCAAUGGUGGGAAACAUGAAUGGAGGAAUGCUUCCCAUGGCAUUCAACAGUGGGUAUGCCGCUAAUCCACAGUCUAUGUACGGACCACCGCGGACCAACACACCACAACAACCGUCAACUCACGAUCGGCCAUUCAAGUGCGAUCAAUGUCCUCAAAGCUUCAACCGCAAUCAUGAUCUGAAGCGCCAUAAAAGGAUUCACUUGGCCGUGAAACCCUUCCCUUGCAACCACUGUGACAAGAGUUUCUCUCGCAAAGAUGCACUCAAGAGACAUAUCUUGGUGAAAGGCUGCGGCAGUGGACAUUCUGGUGACGGCAGCAACCGUGAGGAUGGUAUCAAGUCCGAUUCUGCCAGUGAGGGAGUGAGCGAGAGCCCAACAGCUGCCAUGGCGGCAUAA